AUGGCGGCUGCGACGGGCGCCGUGAUCCGGCGGCUGCACACGGCGGCGGCGCAGCCCCCGCGCCUGACGAAGUUGGCGCUGCACCCUCCCAAAUCCGUUGAAAUCGAAUUCACUGAUGGUAGCUCAUUUCAUCUGUCAGCAGAAUUUCUCAGAGUAUACAGCCCAGCAGCUGAUAGCAAAAUCCGUUCAGUGGGUGGUGAAAAGGUUAUAUUUGGGCGACGACAUGUUGGGAUAAUGUCAGCUGAAUCAGUAGGAAACUACGGAGUCCGGAUACUCUUUGAUGACUUGCACAAGACAGGGAUCUUCACAUGGGAUUACUUGCACCACCUGGGUGCUAACAAAUUCAGUCUGAUGAGAAGUUACAUCAGAACUUUGAGAAAGCACAGUCUUAGUCGCGAUCCUCAGAGAAAGAAAUGA